AUGAACCCACCAAGAUACAUUGAAACGGUUUCAGCGACUUCGUCGAGUUCGCCAGAGAUCAUAGACAACCAGAAUGUCAGCGUCCAAAUCAACGGCGCAAAGCAGAGCAAAAUAGUUAUCACUAACGUCAAUAUUAAUAAGGUUCACCCACAAUCACAACAAAAUAGAAACACAGAGCUUUCGAACUAUACCAUUUUGCCAGCUUUCGAUCACGUAGAGUUCGACGCUAAAGUGGAUCUGGACAAUAUGGACCAAUACAACCCCAAAAUCUACAAAGUUGUCACUUUGAACGCCUUGGAACAACAUGAGGAUCUCCCUUCGUACGAUGAACUGACAACCACUGUGACCACAAUCCAAAACAUUUCUGAUAAGGCUUCCAUGACCCAGGAUUCUAGCCUUCCAGCACCUGCGACUCAUCCAAACAACAAGCAACGAAAGUCUAGACGGCUAGCUCCGUUCCUGGCAUCUUUCACGGUUAUCAUGUGCCUGCUCUUCAUUUCUCAUAGGUCAUGUUAA